UUAAUCAUUCAGGUGGGUACAGCCAAAAAAUGUGGAGAGGACGGCGAAAGUGAGGGUACAAAGAAGGAUGUGUGAUUGACACAGAAGUCUACACAAAAAAGUCACAUUCAGAGUUCAGACAAUUCACUGUCUAAUAAAUCUUCAAACAGUUCCCUUCUUCUCUCUGACAUUGGAACGGAGCAGCAUAAAAUCCAAUCCAAUCCAAACCCCAAAAUUGUUAGUUAUCUCGGCUACCCACCUGUGUCGUACAAAGAUUGGUCUUUGUCUUCGACGCUCUCCCCCCCCCCCCUAUUUCUGUCUUUCUAUAUAUAGAAUGGCCUUAGUCCCAUAUGGGGACAAAGAUUCAAAGCCAGAUUCCUCAUCUCUUCCUUGGCAAGAUAUGUUCAGAUCGGCUUCAAUUCGUAAACCCACAAAUCCGCAGCCGCCGCCGACUGCGUCACGGGAGCCGGCGAAUUCCGAUGACCCAGAUCGUAAAAAUGCCAUUUCAGGGGAUCCCCAGGUACGACUUGCGCUAUAUAUAGCCAUGGCCCAUGCUGGGCUUGCGUUUGGUAUCUUCACUCUAUACAUGAUAUCCAGGCUGUUGCAAGAGUAUUUAAGGCCAAUUCAAUGGGCUAUCUUGUGUUCAAUCCCCUUAAGAGGGAUACAGCAGACCCUUGUGGGUUUUUGGAGCGAGCCUUUGAAAUUGGGGCUCACAGAGACAGUACUUGCAGGUCCUGUUGCUAUUUUCAAGGUUUUUGUGGGCACUAUUAUUGAUAUUAAGGGUGUUUUUGUUAAGGUGUUUGUCAAAAGGUCAAAGAGAAAUCGUUCUGGUUCAAGGCCUAAUCGAAGUGCCUUUUCGAGAUUGCUUAGAUGGUUGUUGUCAUUUGGUGUGUUUCUGAUUGCAUAUGAGAGAAUUGGGGGUGCGGGGUCAUUGUUGAUUCUUGGGUUAGGGUUUCUGUGUAGUUCUAAAAAUGUGGAUUCUACCCUGGAUGCUGUGUCAUCUUUCAGAAGCAACAGCUUUAGGCGUAGUGCAAUUAGUGCCUUUUUCACAAGAGGCAUAUUAAAAAGAUUGAAAACCAUUGUGGCAAUUGGGCUAAUUGUUGCUAUGAUUGUGGGGUUUCUGACAGGAGUGAUAGUUUUCUCAUAUAAGAUUGGAGUGGAGGGGAAGGAUGCAGUAAUUUCUUUGAAAUCACAUGUGGAGGAGAGUAAUUAUGCGGAAAAACUUGGUGUUAGGCAGUGGAUAAAUGAGAAUGAUGUCCCUGGAAUGGUAGAUAGGUAUACUACACAAAUCUAUGAAACAGUGUCUGUGCAAAUUGAUAGUUUGGCAAUUCAGUAUAAUAUGACUGAGUUUGUGACUGGAAUUAAGCAGUUUGUGAUAAACUCGCCGGUUAAUUCAUCACAUCAAUCGACAGCCCUGGUUCAGCCAUCUCCUUACACAGAGAAACUAUUAAGUAUAAGGAAACGAGUUCGUAAUCGGGAAUGGGGACAGAUUUAUACGGAACUGAAUGAACUUUUGAGUGAAGUGAUUAUUUCCCGGGAGGAUUUAGUUGAGAAGGCAAAAGGGUUUGCUCUUAAAGGGAUGGAUGUGUCACAACGUGUAUUUGCUAGCAGUGCAUCUCUUUUAGGAGGCAGUGCAAAACUCAUGUUCUCGUUCGGUAGUUCCAUUAUCUCUGGUGCAGCUGGGGUUUUCAAUUUUGUGUCUCAGUCAAUGGUGUUCUUCUGGCUUUUGUAUUAUCUUAUCACUUCAGAGUCUGGUGGUGUCACGGAACAAGUGAUGUAUAUGCUUCCUAUGUCAAAUUCAGCAAGAAUUAGAUGUGUUGAAGUUCUUGAUAAUGCUAUUUCGGGUUGUCUUUUGGCUACAGCUGAGAUUGCAUUUUUCCAGGGAUGCCUUACAUGGCUUUUAUUUAGAUUGUUCAACAUACAUUUCUUGUACAUGUCAACUAUUCUCGCAUUCCUCAGCCCUCUGUUCCCGAUCUUUCCAACUUGGUUUUCGACAAUUCCAGCUGCCGCUCAGUUGUUGCUGGAAGGUAGAUAUGUAAUGGCUGCAAGCUUGUCUGUAAUUCAACUCGUGCUUAUCGAUUACGGGGCAACUGAAAUUCAGGAGGAUAUACCCGGUUAUAAUGAAUAUCUGACAGGGCUUAGCAUCAUUGGUGGAAUGACAUUGUUCCCCUCUGCACUUGAGGGAGCAAUCAUGGGUCCAUUGAUAACUACAGUCGUCAUCGCUCUCAAGGAUUUGUACGCUGAAUUUGUACUCGAAGAACCAACGAAAAGUGAUUAGGCUUGUGCUGCACUGGACCAUGUCGCUUUCCAUUCAUUGUCUGCAAUAGUGUGGAGAUUUCUUGUAUAUUAGUUAUGCUUGCUUGGGGUGAAUACAGAAAUUGGGUGCAUAGGUGUUCGUUUCUCCUUUUUAGGAGAGAGAAUGCAUUUCUUGUGUUUUAUCUGGUAUCUGGCAGUGGCAAGGUUGCGAAAGAAAAUUGUACAUUAUUUAUGUUGUUCAAGUAAGAAUUUGAGUAUUCAGAUGUUUGCUUCUCUUUAAAACCUGUCACUCCUUUUCUAUACAAAAGGAAUUUGUCAGAACGAUCUACGCGGUUGGGGAGACUGUU